ACGAAAGUAGUUUGAUUUAAAUUUUCAAGAUGGAAAACGCUGAUCAAGUCAAUUUUAAUAAGUCGAAGACGUCUGAAGUCUUACAUGAAGAAAUGGAAGUGAAAAGUGCUAAGCGCCAAAGAAAAUGUGUCAGCUUUGAUCCUAAUUUGGUUGAGAAGGAAGAACGAAAGUCUCAUCCAAAAACUCCAUUAAGAGAAUCUCCACAAGAAUCGAAUCAAAUGGAUAAGAACACAGCAAAAUAUUCACGAAUUCCUAUGGAAUAUUAAAAUAAUUUAAAGAGAUUAAGGACGUACGGAAUUACAUAUGAAAAUUAUAUCUUUAUGGAUUAUGGAUGAAUAAAUUUUUCUUUUAUCAACAAUCUUAAAACGUGACAACUAUUCAAAAACUUAGUAAAUUGCUAUUGCAUUUAAACUAGGGCAAACCAUUAAAUUAAUUUAUUGUAAUUUAUUUUGACAAAAGUGAGAAUUAUCUUGCAUGCUUAUUUAAUCCACAAUUCAUCUAAGGAUAUCCUGUUCUCAUACAUUUAAUAUACAUCUCUUUUUCUAUAAAUAAAUUAUAAGGAUACACUUAACUUUAAUAAUUAUUAGUCAACCAAAUGAAACAUUAUUGGAACUUGAAGGAAGUGGCUUCGACUUUUAAGUUCGUCAGUGACGACAUGUUUUCUUUCAACCUUAAUAUCGUUUGGCAUGUAUCUCAUCAUCCAAAACAUAAUAAUCACUUCUAAUAGCAAGCAUCACUGAAGAACAAUUUAAUGGGUUUUUCUCUAUAUCUACGAUUAUUCGCAACUCACAAAAUUUUGUUGGAACCUUUAACGGCUUUCUCGAUUUUAAAUAUAUUAAUUUGUUUUUGUGAGUUUAGCAUAAAAUUCAAAAUCCAAAAGUCCGUUGAAAAAUCAUCGAUGCCAUUUAAAGUUUUUUAUGUCAUAAUUAUUAUCUUUAAUUAUUUUUCUUAAGAAACUAGAUUAAUCCUUGUCCUCAUUUUAAAGCACUAAAGCAAAGAAAAUUUCAUUAUUAAUUAUUAAUAAAUACGUUCUGAUUCUCAAUCUUUAUCAUGUUAUGUGCAUGCAAACAUUUUCAUUUAAGAUUAAUGCAACAAUCAAUUUGUGCUACUUGCAUUUCUGCUUUUACCGUCAUUUUCAUCUAUGACAUUAGCUCUAUCAUACAAUAUUCUUCCAUGAAAAAGUGUCUUUCACAUUAUUCUAGAAUUUUUUUUUUAAUUCGUUUUUAAUUAGGGGUCAUUCACCAAUAAUGCCCAACACAAAAUUAGAUUUCCGAUCCUUUUCUCUAUUUAUGUUACACAGAUCAAAUGUUGAACAUCAUUGAUGAAUCAUCGUUUAGUUAAUUUGCAUAAAACUUUACAGCUUUGAAUUUUAUUAAUGCUAAUUUUGAUAUCUAAACUUUUCACAAGAAGAAUAAAAACAUUAAAAAGUUUCUAUAAUUAAGAAAAUAAAUGAAUUAAAUGAUUUCCAUUUUUGUAAUGGUAAUUCACCAUCGAAAUCGAUGUUUUGCGAACAUCAUGAAUCCAUGAUUGAAGGAAAUCUAUAAACAACUAACAGUACGGAUCAAAGAGCUUUAAAAAGAUGUGGCCAUGACAAAAUCUCAAUGCUCGACUUUGUUUGUCAUUUAAUUAAUUUGGAUUCUUAAUCAUUUACACAUUUUAACAAUCCUUUUUUUAUAAAAAAAAAUAAAAUUUUGAUUAAGACAAAAAUAAUGAUUCUCUGUUGUGUUGCGAAUGUGUAAGAUGAUUUAUGUAUGUUAUGUACACUUAAAUAUCUAAGCUUAUUCUUCAUCAGUAUCACCGUCAGAUAGAUAACCAGUUGACAAUCCAAUUAGCUGAGGAGCACGCGGUCCAGAUAUCACUUGUCUAAAAAGUGUGUAAUGAUAAUGAGUUUAAUGCAGUUUAAUGAUUUACAUGGGCUAUUAGAUUUAAAGUGCAUUUUCUAGCAUUUUUGAACCCAAAUAUUUUCUUGAGCAAAAUGCACUUCUGUAAAUUACGAAUAAACAUGUCUUUAUGAGCUUUCUAUAUACGUUAAGUACGCGUGAGUUUCUCAAUGAAUAGUUUAACGAAACAAAUGAAGAACUUACGCAAUUCGUCGAUAAUGAUUAAGCCAUUCUUCGAGCAUUUGAGCAACGAGAAGCGGUCUUUUAUGCAACUUUUGAUGAGCCACAAGCAAUCCUCCUUCCGUAAGACAAACAUCAAGCCACUGUCUCAUGAUUGUCUCUUCAUGACCAAUCUGAAAUAAAUUAUAUUAUAAUUAAAGAAAAUAGUAAUACUUAUAAAUAGACAAGAAAUUACCUCGGCUUGCGUUAAGAAAUGAAUAGGAAUAAGUUUGUUUUCACAAUCAACGAGUGGCAAAAAUGUGACAUCUUCUUCUUCCUCACGUGUUGAAUCGAGUCUUUGAUAAGGCUCUGAAGGAACUAAAGCACUAAAGUGACCUA